GCGACUUAUAGCGGGACUGCGGUGGGCAUUCUGAGACUGGGGGGGACUGACUUGGUGUCACUGACAUCCCCAGUGACACCAUUACAGUGGUCAGUUCUAAUAAAAAGCACUGACACUGUACUAACGACACUGGGCAGGAAGGAGUUACCAUCUGGGGCGAUCAAAGGGUUAACUUUGUGCUGGUUAACUUUGUGCUGUGUGUGUACUUUACAAUGUAAGCACACUGCUUUGUAUGGCUCUGCUAUGCAGAGCCAUACAAAGCAGUGUGCAGGAGCUGACAGGGGAGAGAUCUGUGUUGUUUAUACACAGGUCUCUCCCCUGUUGGUAAUACUCGGCGAUCUCCAGGUGCCGGCAGGGAAU